AUGCGACGGAGGUAAGUGAACAUAUGCAUUGGCAUUCGCUGUACUUUUGUGUCCAUGGCAACAUCAUCCUCUCUGUGAUACUCUAGGUCAGGCAUAGGCAACCGUCGGCACUGCAGGUGUUUUGGACUACACAUCCCAUGAUGCUUUGCCAGAGCAUUAUGGGGGAUGUAGUCCACAACAUCAGGAGUGCCGAAGGUUGUCUACCCCUGCUCUAUGUUCUCUAUUGCCCUAUGCGUACAAGCAGAACUGCAGGGAUUUAAAAAUAGGACAAUGGUCACUUCAAAGCUAUUUCUAAUAUAAUAAUCCUUUUUAACAAGUUUUGAAAUGACCUUAUUUUUGUGUAUCAGAUGACCCCAUAGUACAGCUUUAUGAGCCAGCCACACCGUGGGUCCCGCAAGCCCUGGUGUAGUGUUUUCCAAAAAGUAGUUUUGUAGGACAGUAGAACUAUUUUCUACCACCUCCUGGUUUGUUUGUUUUUUUAAAAUAAGGUACUUAAAGGGACUCUCCAGUGUCACCCCUUAUCCCAUGUUGCUGAUGGGGUUAAAACCCCUUCAGUGACUUACCUGAACCCAGCGCCGAUGGACAUCAGGCUCCGGCCAUGCUCAUCGUCAGCCGGCAGAGAGGACCUAAAGCGCAUGCGCGGCAAUGGCUGCGCACGCGCAUUAUACCUCCCCAUAGGAAAGCAUUCAAUGCUUUCCUAUUGGGAUUCUGGCGACGCUGGAGGUCCUCCUGCAUAGCGUGAGGACGUCCAGUGUUGUUUAAAACACUUUUUUUACACUAGAGGUGGACUUAACCCUGCAAGGUAAUUAUUGCAGUUUAUAAAAGCUGUAAUAAUUACACUUGCAGGGUUAAGGGUGGUGGGAGUUGGCACCCAGACCACUUCUAUGGGCAGAAGUCGUCUGGAGGCCAUUGAGUGCCAUAACCGAGGGGCUGGGGGAACAAAAUAUUUUAGGUAAAUGAUGAUAUGGGUGUGAUUCAACCAGGAAACUUUAUUUAUUUCAAACUUCGUAAAUAAUGGGAUGACCCUUCAGGAAGUAAGAAAUAAGCAAAGGACAUUUGCAUUGAAAAAGGGCUUGUGCCCGAAACGUUUGCCUGUCUUUUAUGUCCUUUAAAUAAAUACUUGGUAGCACAUUGGUGCACACUACAACUGGAAGCGCAGACCUCAUUUCUGUGUUUAUUGAGAAAUAAGCCAAUGUGAGAGUAAGAGUAUGUAUCACGAGGAGCUGAGUAAUAGGUAUAAUCGGCUGUGUCUGGGGCCGGGCCCUCCAAGUCUCUACGAGUCCCUGAGAAUCAAGGAAUUUGCCAAGUACUUUAUAAUGUCCUGCUGCAUCAUCCCUGAUCAUUCCUGGAGGUGAACUACAAUCAGCUGCAGAACAGAAGACCUCCCCCACCCGCAAACUUAUCGGUCAUUAAUGGACCCACCAGUGCCGAUACCUCUUCCGAAAAAUGCCUAUCUAUAGAAUUAGGAGCAUAAUUCUUUAAUAAGUAUAGUCUAUGGUCACAUAAUCGCCCUGUGAGGAGGAUGUAUCUUUACUCAGCAAAAGUACAUACGUGAUUUACAUGAAAACUGCUUUUUAAUGGAUUAGACAUUUUAUUUAUUUUGAGGACAAAAUUGCCAAGUUGCAAACAGCUUUUUUUCCCCCAGUUUGACUAUUUUAUGAAUUCCUGACAAUUCCCUGAUUAGUGCAAAACUCUACAUUGUACACAACCAAACACACCCCGUCAUUCAAACACACAGCACACAGGCAUGCCACAGCUUUCAAGUAGCAACAGUACAUACAAACACGUAAUUGCAUUCAAAUGCUAACACAACACACAGAGACCCCGAUGUUCACACAGACACUCAAUACAAAAACACGCUUACAUUCAAACACUCAAAAACUGCCCACAAAUAAAAUCCUCCAAGGACGGGCAAAUUGUGGACUCCCAGCUGGGAGAUGUACGGGGCUCUACCUUUUGGCCACCCUUGCGCUGGAGGGGGCAAAAUAAUUUCUUGCAGCAGGGCCCCCUCUAUAUUCGUUCAGCCACUGGCGCCCGGGCUGUAGUGGUUGUGGUGGUUGAAGUAACCCUUUAAUAGGAUGUUUCCAGAUUUAGUGAUCUAGCAUUCCGAGUACAAUUCCCAUUACUCUCAGCCAAGCCAAUUGCUCCAGGGCCAAGGAUGGACAGCCCUGAUAUACAUGGAGAUCAAAAGUCUUCAGAUCAGCUUCUAAUGUCUUCCGUCUCCUUCUGCCAUGACCACAAUACAGGGGAAGUCUUCCUAUAGUAACACAAACUGAAACCCUCAAUGCUAGCCUUGUUCCUGUCAUUAAACUCUCAAUUCUUACCAAUAUAUUAAUCUGCUUCCCCAUUACUUAAAAGAACAUAAAGCUGUAUUCCUAUGCAAUGUAAUUAUUGCAGUUCUUUUACAAAUAGCCAAGUGUAGAAUAUUGCAUAUUCUAUGUUUCUAUUGAUUAUUUAUAUGGAUGUGUGGAUUGACAUAAGUAACAGAUGGUAUCAAUAAGUCACAAGGCAUUCAAAUUGGAAACAUUCUCCAGUAAUAUUAUUUUGGUCUAAAAUGUGCAGUUGUCUUUUCCCAGUUUACCGAAUAAUCCGAAAGUAAACUGAUAAACCAUUGAUCUCCCAGGCUGGGAACCUUGAAGUGGCCGCUCCCUGUGCUUAACAAAAUACUAUAGGAUCAGGAACCCAAACAUACAUUUUUACAAAAACCCCACAAAAGUCACAUCCCCUGUUAGCCACUAUCUGGGUGACCAACAUAUCCAAAAAUCACCCAGAUCGGUUCAGGGGUUCAGGAAUUUCCUUAAAGUCAUAGUUUUGACCGACCGUGCACAUGGUCCUAUGCCUAAAACAGUUCCAGGGAAUCAGGGCGAAUGGUCGGUCUCUCUUUCUGGAGUACAAAAGUACAUAAAUCAUUUGAACGGAGCCUUUUAAAGGACAAGGUAUAUUGCAGGGCCCAUAGUCCUGAGGCAGGAGGCUGGCAAGCACGCUCCUCCAGGAGCCCGUGGCGAGGUUCAGUUCGUCACAAUUGUUAUAGGUCAUACCAUCUAAAACUCGCAUCUAGGAGUAUUUUUGCUGAACUAAUAGCUGCAAUCAGUUAACGGGAAACUUGCAAAAUUUCAUCCUAAGCAAAACAACUAACGAGAUUAAAAAAAAAAACUAGUUAAAAUAUUUAUGAAUUGCUCAAGUUGACUGUUUUGGAAUUUUUAAGAAACUCCAACACAGUCAAAAUAUAUACCAAGACAAAGUAGGGACAAAAAAACAGAACUACGGCAAGAAAAUUAAGAACAAAUAUGUUGUAUGUAACAAGUUGUAAAGAAAACAAGUUGCAAGAGAGUACUGAGAACGGACCACAGCUCGAUCAGCCUGCCCCCAGACGAUCGUUUCAAGCCGAUACUAGACAGGUGCAAUUCGGCUCAGUCCAAAUUGAAAUUCGGACGAAUUUCAGACAUUCGGAUGCUUCACAAUGUCCGAAGUGCCGAAUUUUGGAAUGCAGAACCAAACCAAAUUUUUUGGCCAUGCACAUCCCUAGCCGAUACGUUUCUAAGCACCGUGAGCAAGGGGUCCACAUCUGGAUUACCCUUUAAAUUUAGGGAGGGCAAAAAAAAAACCAAGUUGCAACAUGCAAAGAGAAUUUAAAAUCCAUGUCACGUGUUUAAUACGGGUUAAAUCUAGAGAAAACUGUGCAGUGACACUGCAGGGGGCAUGAUCUAUCGACCAAGACCACUUCAUUAAGCUAAAGGUAUUGUGCUGCUACAUGUGUCCCUUUAAGGCAGCGAUGGCUGAUUUUGUCUCCGAUAAGGGCAUUCCCAUGAUGCUCAGCAACUCUGUAGUCUACAAACAUCUGUAGGGCGAUGAUUAACCAUCACAAUAUAUAAACUAACAUUCUGCUCUGUAACAGUUCCCUUUCAAUUCAUAACUAAAUAAGAGGGAAUUUGAAUAGACGCUAGUCGAGUCCAUAUUGUUUCCUUAAACAUCGGCCAAUUUCGUAAUUAAAUAUUUGCUUAUUUAAAAAAAAAAGAAAAGAAAAAAAGCUAUGCAAGGCGCGAUUGACCGCAUGCUGUUCUCUUCCUCUUUCAAGUAGUUUCUAUAUCUGAGCUAACAGAUAGCAAUCAAGGUGCCUUUGAACUGUAUUUCUUAGCAAAAAGUACUUGGGGUUCUGUAUCCAAUUGUGUAUAUUAUGCAUUAGUUUGUGAAUGCACAAAUAUUCUGCAUGUUGUAUUGAGUGUUUGAGUACAUACAGUUUAUUAUUGUGUUUUAUGUUUGUAUAUUACAGUUUGUGUGUUUAUGAGAUGUGUAUGCGGUGGUGUGUGUUAUUUUUCUGGGUCAUUUUUCUUACCACCUUCUCUGCCCUGUGUAUAAUUUCUGUCUAUGUAGUUGUGUAUGUAGUUAUAUUUCUUGUAUAUUUGUUGUUGCAGUGUUUGAUUUUUGCUGUUGUGUUUGUGUGUAUGAACUGCAUAAAGUGUGUGAAUUGUGUUCAUUAGUUGUGCAUGUGGCUGUUUAAAUGGAUUGCAUUUGUGUGAUGUGUGUCAUGGCUCUCAGUGCAUUACACACGUUGUCUAUGAUGCAGGUUAUGUAUUAUAUGAUUCGUGUUAUAUAUGGGCUAUGUAUUAUCGAUUUAUGUAUUACAUGGGCUAUGUAUUAUAUGAGAGGUGUAUUAUAUAAGGUGUGUAUUAUAUGGGCUAUGUCAUUUGUGACCUUAUUCCCUCCCUGCUCCCACUACAUAGCCUCUCGUUUUUUUCCCACACAUGUAAUACUGCAUACAGCAUCCUUACACACAGACACUAUUAUUACAAUUACUUAUAUAGCACCAACAUAUUCUGCAGCGCUGUACAAUAGGUAAAGCAAGACAAAGUAUUAAUUCUAACACAACACGUUGUCAUACAGAAACAGAACAUCGCAAGCAGCAUCCCACACACGCAACCACACAAGUAUCUUCUAAACACGUGUGGGGACACGGCUUGUGAUGUCACCAGCUAACACAGAGAAGGUGUAUCAGUACAUGGGCUUUAUUUCUCUGUUUUAAUGGCAGCCAGCAGGGGUUACUCCAUCAAAAUUUUUUAAAUAAAUAAAUCCUAUUGUUCUAUCUUUCUAUUGCCGGGGGCCCUGUGAGCUGUCAGUCCGCCCCGAUUGUGGGUGUGAGUCUCAGUCAGCAGGCUGCAGUUCUCUCCCUCCUCUGGUAUCAGUUCCUACUUUCACUAUUAGUUUACUAGUUAUUAGACUGACUUCAGCCUGGACCAGCAUUCAGAACCUGCAGAACCUCACAUUCCCGGGUCCGUGCACCAGCAUUCAGAACCUGCAGAACCCACAUUCCUGGGUCCGUCCCCAGCCUGGAACCAGCAUUCAGAACCUCACAUUCCUCGGAUCUAUCUACCAGCCUGGUGAGUGGCACAGCCUGUCUGGCAUGGUUACUCUGUCAGUAAUCACUUCCACCUGAAAUAUCUAUAAACUAUCUAAAAAUAUCUAUAAACUAUCUGUACAACUAAUCCAACACUCUCUGCUACACUAUCUGUACAACUAAUCCAACAUCCUCUGCUACAUUAUCUGUACAACUAAUCCAACACUCUCUGCUACACUAUCUGUACAACUAAUCCAACACCCUCUGCUACACUAUCUGUACAACUAAUCCAACAUCCUCUGCUACACUAUCUGUACAACUAAUCCAACACCCUCUGCUACACUAUCUGUACAACUAAUCCAACACCCUCUGCUACACUAUCUGUACAACUAAUCCAACACUCUCUGCUACACUAUCUGUACAACUAAUCCAACACCCUCUGCUACACUAUCUGUACAACUAAUCCAACACCCUCUGCUACACUAUCUGUACAACUAAUCCAACACCCUCUGCUACACUAUCUGUACAACUAAUCCAACAUCCUCUGCUACACUAUCUGUACAACUAAUCCAACAUCCUCUGCUACACUAUCUGUACAACUAAUCCAACACCCUCUGCUACACUAUCUGUACAACUAAUCCAACACCCUCUGCUACACUAUCUGUACAACUAAUCCAACACUCUCUGCUACACUAUCUGUACAACUAAUCCAACAUCCUCUGCUACACUAUCUGUACAACUAAUCCAACACUCUCUGCUACACUAUCUGUACAACUAAUCCAACAUCCUCUGCUACACUAUCUGUACAACUAAUCCAACACCCUCUGCUACAUUAUCUGUACAACUAAUCCAACAUCCUCUGCUACACUAUCUGUACAAUUAAUCCAACAUCCUCUGCUACACUAUCUGUACAACUAAUCCAACACCCUCUGCUACACUAUCUGUACAACUAAUCCAACACCCUCUGCUACACUAUCUGUACAACUAAUCCAACACCCUCUGCUACACUAUCUGUACAACUAAUCCAACACCCUCUGCUACACUAUCUGUACAACUAAUCCAACACCCUCUGCUACACUAUCUGUACAACUAAUCCAACACCCUCUGCUACACUAUCUGUACAACUAAUCCAACACCUCUGCUACAUUAUCUUCGUACAACUAAUCCAACAUCCUCUGCUACACUAUCUGUACAACUAAUCCAACAAUCCUCUGCUACACUAUCUGUACAACUAAUCCAACACCCUCUGCUACACUAUCUGUACAACUAAUCCAACACCCUCUGCUACACUAUCUGUACAACUAAUCCAACACCCUUCUACACUAUCUGUACAACUAAUCAACACAUUCGUGCUAAUCCAACACCACUGUACAACUAAUCAACACCUCUGCUACACUAUCUGUACAACUAAUCAACACCUCUGCUACACUAUCUGUACAACUAAUCCAACACUUUCUGCUACACUAUCUGUACAACUAAUCCAACAUCCUCUGCUACACUAUCUGUACAACUAAUCCAACACUCUCUGCUACACUAUCUGUACAACUAAUCCAACAUCCUCUGCUACACUAUCUGUACAACUAUCUGUACAACUAAUCCAACACCCUCUGCUACACUAUCUGUACAACUAAUCCAACAUCCUCUGCUACACUAUCUGUACAACUAAUCCAACAUCCUCUGCUACACUAUCUGUACAACUAAUCCAACACCCUCUGCUACACUAUCUGUACAACUAAUCCAACACCCUCUGCUACACUAUCUGUACAACUAAUCCAACAUCCUCUGUACACUACCAACUAUCUGUACAACUAAUCCACUACUGUACAACUAAUCCAACACCCUCUGCUACACUAUCUGUACAACUAAUCCAACACCCUCUGCUACACUAUCUGUACAACUAAUCCAACACCCUCUGCUACACUAUCUGUACAACUAAUCCAACACCCUCUGCUACACUAUCUGUACAACUAAUCCAACACCCUCUGCUACACUAUCUGUACAACUAAUCCAACACCCUCUGCUACACUAUCUGUACAACUAAUCCAACAUCCUCUGCUACACUAUCUGUACAACUAAUCCAACACUCUCUGCUACACUAUCUGUACAACUAAUCCAACAUCCUCUGCUACACUAUCUUUACAAGUAAUCCAACAUCCUCUGCUACACUAUCUGUACAACUAAUCAACCCCCUCUGCUACACUAUCUGUACAACUAAUCCAACAUCCUCUGCUACACUAUCUGUACAACUAAUUCAACAUCCUCUGCUACACUAUCUGUACAACUAAUCAACACCCUCUGCUACACUAUCUGUACAACUAAUCCAACAUCCUCUUCUACACUAUCUGUACAACACUCUCUGCUGUGCAGCACUGACCCAGGAAGCACCACUAGUGGCUGUCUGAGUGAUUGCUGGAGGUGUCCCUAGGCUGUAUUGAAAUACUUUUUUUUCUCUGAAAAGGCAGUUUUUUACAUUAAAAACCUGCAGGGACUGACUUUAGAAACCAGAACAACUACAAUAAGCUGUCCCUUUAAUGGAAUUACUACCUUUUCAGGGCUCAGUCUAUGCUUGAACACUUGUGCCUAUCCACCUUUUGUAAAGCAUGGUCUUCUUUCUCCACUGCCACAUGCACAGACUUCACCAGGAUCUGGAGAUCUGAGCAUAAUAUUUCACUAUGUGAUGCUGAGUGGGAAUCAAUUUACUGUGCAAUGGCCACUACUAUGCAAGAAUCUGCUUAUACAAUUCUAAUCCAAGUAAAUCUACACAAAUCUUACCGUCUAUGUCUGCCGCGUGUAAGAUGCUACUCACACCCUGAAACCUACCUGCACACAUACCUGGAUCUCUAAUGCGAUGCUUGGCAAAUGCCCAAACUGAAAUACGGUCUGUUCCUUAAACUCCCCAUACAAUAUCCCCAGACAGAUGAGGCCAGAGACCCCUCCGUCCUUUUUGGAAUGGUUUGUUGGGAUAAAGGAGACACACCUCAUGCACCUAAAAAUUAUUUCAGCAUUAAAUGCAGAGUUAAGCUAGAAUGUUUGGAUAUUUUACAUAUUUUUAUCUCUUUUUUUUUCUUUUUCUGUACCUUAACCUGUACCCACAAUUCAAGAAAUACCUCGACUGGAGAAACUGCAUUUUUUUCCCCGUGUCCUUUCUUUUCCUAUCUGUGAUAUUUUAAUGCCGCUACUUGUAUUUGAACAAUCCUUCUCUUUAUUGUGUGAUCAGAACCCGUUGUUAUCCUGUUUUUCGUUUUUGUUUUUAUUAUACCACAACACGUGUGCUAACAUUUUCAUGACAUUUCUAGAAGAAAGAGGGUAACUUUCAGUUCCCAUAUCCCUCUAACCAAACUUGCUCUGGGACCUGCAUUGAUCUUACUGCUUCUCUGGACUCUCCUACUAAUGCCUGUUUUUUUCUGCAUUCUCCUCUUCCUGGCAUCCCUUUGCCCACGCUAUACCCACAUUACCCCUGGUAUUCCAUGCUCAUACUCUGUUUGCUGAUAUCCAAUUCCCUAAUCUCCAUUAUAGCCAAGUAUCCCUCUGUUCCUUUUGUCUCCAGGUAUUCAUUUUGUCUGCCUCAUUCAAUGCCAACAUCUUGACCUUUCCCUGUCUUACCAUCGUGUCUUCCAGGUAAUGAAAUGUAUUCUGCUCAUCAUCUUCUAUCUCCCCCUCUCUGCUGCAAACCAGGAACCCGGUGUGAAAGGGCGAUUGACUUCAAAAGGAUUACAAUAUGGUGAGAGAGGGUGCUUGCUGGAUGUGGGGAACAAGAUGAAGGAUAAAUUGCACUUGGGCAGGCGUAUCUCAGCCCAGGAUUCCGAGGGUUCUAUAUGGAACCCUGCAGAAUAGGUUGUGUUCCCCUAAACAUUCUCCUACUAGAGGUAUCAGAAGUCCAGAUGUUGGGUAAACUGAAGUUUGUCAUUCUUUAUUUGAGUAUAAUUAAUUUCCUUAGUUCAUGAAAACAACUAAAUAUGGGUACUAGAUCAAUUGCUUUUUCUUAACCUCAAAAUCUGAGUUUUUGGGUCUGGUUUCUUGUGUUUUUAGAUGUGGUGGAAGGAGAAUUCAAGAUAAGGAGUGUUGGUAUCAUUGGUACAAGACAUAAUGAUCUGUGCCUGGAAGGCAAAGAAAAAAAAUGACUGGCAACAUUUUCUCAACUGAGGGGAGGGAUUAUAGGGAUUGUUGUCAGGAUGGUUUGGUCAGUGGAGAGUGUUUCCUUACAUAGUAGUAACAUACGUUUUGUUCUUCUAAGGCUUGCAGGCGGGGUUGGAGGAGUUGCAAAGCAGAUUGUCUUCUUUCCAGAUUCCUGAUGUCACAGGGUCCAUCUCGGUUGCCAUCCUCGGUACCAUAUAUUACUCUGUGACAAGGUACGUUGGCGGAUGAUUCUGUUGAAGGGAUGAUUCUGUUGAAGGGAUGGAAAAUCUAGACAGAAUGUACUGUCAAUUCUCAGGCUCGAGAUAAAAGUAUCUAAAAGUUCACAAAUGUACAAAGCUUCCUUUACAAUGCAGAGCAGAAUGUUGUCAUCAUUGUGAGACCUACAAAUUCCAAACUAACCUUUGAUGUUCCCAUGUCAUUACCUAGUCUACAAAUCGAGAACCUGGAUCUUUCGAAUUCCAAUCUCUCAUUUAUAUCUGACACGGGAGUCAACAUGGAGAUCAGCAAUGGUCAGCUAUCGAUCACUGGAUAUUUGCGGAUAGAAACAGUGCUAUUGUACGUAUCUCUCCCAGGUGAAGUAUGUAGUAUGUCUGGGGAGGCUGUGGUUAAUGGUGGGAGGAUUAUGGAUGGAAUAAAAAAACAGCUUGGCAUGAUACGCAUUGAGAACAAAGGAAUGGGCAGUAUUAGCGUCGUAGUUUAGUGUCAACAAGCGGAUGUAGGACAAUACCUCUAUGAGAUCUAUAUUUUCAUACUUUCUCUCCUUAGUUCAGCAUCCACCAACCUUGAAGUUGUAGUCUCCGGCCUGUCCCUCACAGGUAUUGUUGGUGUAACGGGUGAUGACACCGGCCAUGGCAAAGUAUGGGACGGAGGGUGCAACUCUGAAGUAAACAAUGUGAACAUCAAUUUCCAUGGGGGAUCUGGGUAAGUAGUGUACUUGGAAUAGUAUGACUUUAUUGGAAUCAGACCAGACAAUGUUUUGAGAUGCAGUCAGCUGGAGUAUUGGAUAAAGCCGGGUUCUCAAACAUACAGCCUGAUAGGCUCAUGAACCCAGCUUGCUGGCCUUUAAUGGGACUGCAUGGGUGGGCAGGAAGAGAGGGAUAUAAAGGGGCUCAGAGGCAGAGACGGAGAGAUAAAUUGGGGACAAUCGGAGCCUCAGAGGAACAAAGAGAAUGAUGUGGGAGGUCGACAGAGAGACAGACAUUAAGGGAUAAUGAGAAAGAGAGGCAUUGCUGUGGAGACCAGAGAGGCGGUAAGAGGUAGGUAGAGGUAGGAUGGGCAUUGAGACAGAAAUGAAUAAGACUGGUGGGAGCCAAGAGAGUUAUAAAGCAGGGAAGCUGGGGAGGACAGAGGGUAAAUCACAGACAGAGGUAAAUGCUAUGCGACGCGGAGAAAGAAAACAAAACCAGGUGAUAAGACAUAGAGCAAGAUUUAGAAAAACAUUUUUUUAGAACAAAGCAUGUAGAGUGGAUUAAGUGUGUAAGAAUGUAUGUGGACCUUUUAUGUGAGGUGUUGCAAUGUAUAUUCUUUCAUUAUGAACACACAGGUGGUUUCUCAGAAUGUUCAAAAGCUCGAUAAUUGGACCCGUUUACGACGCUUUGACUAAGCAGGUAAACAGCCCGGCCAAUGGUAGGAUCCCAAUCCCUCCCCAAUAUGGCUCUUCACUGUGUGUAUCUUAACCACCUUUUUAUUUAUUAACCCAUAGUUUCUUUUAUGUUUCUCACCUCCUUUAGGGUAUCCUAUACUCCCUUUUUGUGUUAAGUGUAUCUCUUACAAACCCUCCUUAUGUGUUUCUUUCUCCCCCCUUUCCACUUUGUGUGUCUCUUACUCCCCACAGCCACAUUGUCUAUCUCUUUGUUCCCCCAACCCCUUUGUGUGUCUCUUUCUACCCUCCAAUCCUAUUGUUUGUCUCUUAUAUCCCCAAUCUCCUUUGUGUGUCUCUUUCUCCCCCUAGUUUAUUUUUGUGUCUCAUUCUCCCCCAGCCCCUUUGUGUGUCACUAACUCACGCACCAGGUCACGGUGUGUCUCUUACAUUCCUCCAGCUCUUUUGUGUGUCUCCCCAGUCUCUCUCUGUGUCUCUUUUUGUAUCUCUUACUCCAUCUCCAGUGCUCCACCGGGCUGGUGCACCCUAAGGCGGCCGCCUGUGCCACCUUAUGAUAACCACGGCCCUGGCAAACAGCGAUUCAAAGGGUGGGUGCAUGUUGUGGACAUGUGUGAAGGGACUACUGACAAGCAUCUUUUACUUUUUCUGUAGCUUUGUCCGCAGUUUGAAAAAGCGCUCGAACAGAUGGAGCAAACAUUGAGCAGUCUGCCAGGUAAUGCACAAAGUAGUGAUAAUAAUAAUAUUAAUAUAAUUCAAUAAAUAAAAUUGAUCUGUGAAUAAAGAAAAUAAAUUUGAAUCUUGGCAUCACCUCUGGUACAUAGUCCCCAUUGUGUGUCCUGAAUGCCCAAAUGUGGCUUACGACUACCCAACAUGCAUUGUAACAUUGUAACACAGCAUCAUGUUUCUCGGAAUGCCUAGAUGUGUCCUGCUAGACCAAGCAACCAAACAUGCCCAAUACCAUGCCCUCUAAAACAUGCCCCCCGAUUAGCGUCAUGUGACCAAUGUUUGCCCCACAUGCCAUCAUAACCACACCUCUUUUAACAUGAAACAUACAACACACAAGCAUUACUCCAGUGUAAUACUAACGCGUGUUUCUGCAGUGGUCAGUAUCAUGGAUUCAGUGGCCUCUUUGGAAUACCCACUGGUUGACUUGCCACUGAUCACAGAGCAAAGUCUGGACGUCUUCAUUAAGGUAACUGUGAGGCCAGAGUAGAUGCGAGGAGUGGUGCUCUAUGACUGGUUUUAAUAUUUUUUUUAUUCUAUCCCAGGGGCAGUUUAUUGGCCGAUCACAGCGCUGGGACCCACCAGACCACCCAGAGAAGCUCGUUCUACCAGACAUAGACUCCCGCAUGGUCCUACUUGCUCUGUCCCAGUUCUCUGUCAACUCAGCAGGCUACGUGCACUAUAUGUCUGGAAUCCUAAGCUAUAACGUUACCGAUGAUCUGGUGAGGCGAAAGAAUCCAAGUUUGUUUUUUGUUGUUGUAUGUUACUCUCCGACCUCUACUUAAAGCUGUGGGUUAGAACGAGUGUUAAAUUGUGCAAAGAUUACAUGUUAAGGAAAUCCCAAGAGAGUGGUUGAAAGACUUUUGUUUUAGGAGAUAGGGUAAGAGGUUGGGGCAGGGUGUGGGAAUAUUUUGGUUAUUUUUUUAAUGACUUCAUCAAGUAUUUUAAUUAACACAGCUAGUUAAGAAUUGGACAUGCAUUAUUCAUUGUGGUUUAAAGAUAGAUUAUUGAUAUUGAGUUCUGUGAAUUUGACGAUACUUGAUAAAUGCUCUUUUCAGAUACCCAAACAAUCACCCCUGCGGCUAAACACGAAAAGUUUAUCGACCUUCGUUCCAGAGGUGAGAAAUCUGUUUUAUUUAAGAUUGAGGUGACUGCAAAAUGUACCCUACUUGCAUGAUAUAAAGGGUUAUUCUACACAUUAUGACCACUUCAGUGAUUUGAAGUGGUCAUCGUGCAUGCACUCUGUGUGUACAUCAUUUCGCUUUCAAAGACCGCACCUACACAGUUUAACCCCUCUGCUGCCAGUGGUAUAAAUCCACUUCUAGCAUCUUAACUGGGGCGGCAUUAUCCAGCCCGGAACAUAAUUGGGCUAAUAUAAAUUCUGUGCAUAUUGGAAUGCCUGCCGUCAGCAUGCCGGUGACACGCAUCCAGUAGCAACAUAGAUACCCCCCUCCCGGGCAUCCCAUGACCUCCCCUUAGCCUGUUUUCUCCCUACAACCCUGCCCUUCCAGCAACGGAGAAUGAUGUCAAUAAGGAUUCAGCUGUAGGGAGAACUUGGUCUUUGUGAUAGAAUAGAGGUAAUUAUGCUUAAUAUUAUAUAUUUAUUAUCUUUGACUAGGAGGGACCAGCACAGUUAAGGUUAGUCUAACCCUAACCAGCAUUUAUAAAACUUUAUAUAAAAAGAAGACCCAUAGUUACAGCAAGUCUCGCUAUAUAUAUAUAUAUAUAUUGCAAAAAAUUAUUUUUAUAUGACUGUUAAAGGGCCAUGCUCAGCAAACACUCCAAGCACCAUAACGAAUGCAGCUUGAUCCCAUAAUUAAUGUGAGGGUUGUUAGGAAUUCAAAGCAAAUUUCAAAUGUAAUUGUAAAUGUAAUGUUAAUUAGCUGAACUGGAAAAAAAUCUCCAAUCCAUCGCUGCUUCCUGCUCGUAGCUUCAUAUGGAAAUUUUGAAGUUUAGCCAUUUUGGAUUUAAAUUUCAGAUCCACUUUGAUUUCCCAGCAGACCUCUCGUUAGUGAAAAGCCCAAUUAGGGUAUCUAAUCAUUAAACACUGAACUGCAUUGAGCUGACAACUCAUUUAUAAAAUGUCCAUUAAUACAUUGCGCAAAAUAAAAAAUAUUUUCACAUCCUUUUAUUGCAAGUCCAUUGUGACGUGACCACAACCCACUGUUUAGUGAAUACAGCCAGUUAGUGAUAUCCUUUUAUCGAAUUUUAUUUCUUCAUUCAUUUUAUUUAUUUUCACAUUAUAAUCCCUUUUUAUUCUUACUGCAGAUUCUUACUCGGUUUCCGGAUUCUCCCCCGCUGCUCCUGCAUAUCUCGGCCCAUUCACCCCCUGCCGUCAACUGCCAGCCCGAUAUUCUCACCGUGGACGCCAGCGCAGACAUUCAUCUCUACGCCAUGGCCGCGAACCAUUCUCUAGUUCCCAUCUUUCAGAUGCAGGCAGUAAGUGGGCGCAGUGUGGUUAGGGAGUAUUGUUAUCUGGCGGGAGUAGAUAAUGAUAUCGUCCUUGGAGUGGAUACAAACAGGGCUAUUUACUUAAGUGAGAAUUUAAUGUGAAAUCAACGUUAAAUUUAAUUAUUGGGCAAAAGUAGGCAGCUUGGCUAUUUUGGCCUUAAAUUUGAAGUUCAGUUUGAAUUCUCACUUUAGUGAGUAGCCCUGUUUAUGCAUACUUGGUGAGGGCGUCUAUAGCUAAUUAUUUGAGAGUGAUACCAGGAGUACAUAAUUAGAGUGCACCGGGAAGGAAUGUGGGAGGUUAGGAAUUAGUGAAAUCUGGUUGGAGUAGCUCAUUAGAGCCAUAUAGAGGACGCACCAUCUUUGUUAAUCAUUUAAUUAGAGUACUGCCAAAACUGUGACCUGAAUAAUUAUACAGUAAGAGAAUGUAUACAUGUGCUUAAAGAACCUUAUGUCAAGAUGACAGCAAAAAAAAUAAAUAAAAUAAAGUUAUAUAUACACAUAUAUAUUUUCGUUUAAAGUAUGUCCGGAGGGCAUGAUUAAAGGACCACUAUAGUGCCAGGAAAACAAACUCGUUUUCCUUGCACUAUAGUGUUAAUAGGGCCCCCUCCCUCCAGGCUCUAGGGGGAGGAAGGGGUUAAACGCUUGCCUUUCUCCAGCUCCUCCCUCUUCUGAAGUCAUCCGCUGAAUGCACAUGCGUGGCAAGAGCCUUGCAUUCAAUCAGUCCGUAGGAAAGCAUUUCUCAAUGCUUUCCUAUGGACGUCAGCGUCUUCUCACUCUGAAAAUCUAGAGGCUGGAUUAACCCUAAUGUAAACAUUUUUUGAAACUGCUAUGUUUACAGCUGCAGGGUUAACCCCAGAUGGACCUGGCACCCAGACCACUUCAUUGAGCUGAAGUGGUCUGGGUGCCUAUAGUGGUCCUUUAACCCCUUAAGGACCAAACUUCUGGAAUAAAAGGGAAUCAUGACAUGUCACACAUGUCAUGUGUCCUUAAGGGGUUAAGCACAAUGUUAAACAUUUAGAUGGGAACAUUUAAAGUACAUGCAUAAUAUUUGAGUUAAUCUGGUCUCUGGGGGCAGACAUCUUGUCCCAAGAUUUGCAAGCCCACUGUUCCUCGUUAUUUUACUCCUCCUCAUAUGUGGCAGUGGAUUGGCUCAAGCAGCCUUAAAAGGAGGAGUCAGAGGGAAGUGAAUUCACGCCACAGUCUUUCCCCCAUUUUAAAAACACAUUUCAGGGGGCAGGGCUGUUCUAAAAAAAUUUAGGUGACCUACUAAUAAUUUAUAGAACUGUUUUUGUACAGGGUGUGGAGACUCAAGUCGAUAUACAACUGUCUGAAGAAAGUCUGGGAGUUGCUCUGUCUCUGAGAAAGUGAGUGCUUAUUACAAUUUAACCACAAAUCCUCUUUAUCUGCGUCCUAAUCAUAUGACUAAACUGCUAAUUAAGCAAAACACCCCUAUUGCCCAGGGAAAGCUAGUACUGCUACGGUAACAGAUUUAUCGUGGGUAAUUGGUUGGGGCCUGAUGGAUAGGCUGGGUCUAUCCCAACCACUGCGGACUUAUUGUAAAAACAUGGAGGACACAACCCUUCAGCUUAGAACCAUUGAUCGAGCUGGACUCAUACCGUAAUUAUGUCCAAUCAAAUAACAAGCCUCUACGGUCAUUCUCUGUAGAACGUCUUGUACGUGGCCUUAACACCGAGCUCAGAAAAUAUCAAACAGUUCUAUCACGCUGCUUUUAUGUCCACCUCGUCCUUUACAUCCAUGCUGCCCAAGAAAUGUCACAUCCCUGCAUCUCUUUCCCCUGGUCUUUAAUCCCACCUUAAACACCUGUAACCUCAUUAGGCCUUUGUGGGAUUCCCCCCUCGAUUGUCUACAAACCAGCCUUCUCAUCCACACUUGUAGACCUUAAUCAUGUGCGUCUUUCUUGUAUCCCCACAAAAACACCUGCAUGUGUUCUGAGACAAUACACAAUUUACGUUAUUGUCCGGUUAUCUCUCAUCACACUGUAUUCCCACUGUAACUGCACCUAGCCCAAAAUGUAACCUCAGGAGGACUCACUUUUGGUGGUUACACAUGUUGUAUCUUCUCUUUCCAGUUUCUCCCUGGCUCUCAUUCAUUCCGACGCCGGUCCUGUUAAGGUGAGCAUCUGAUGAUAUUGCUAAAGUUACAGCUGGUUGAAGAUGAGCUCCUAACCCAGAUAACAGUUAUGGUGACAUUUUGUUCUCUAUAGGUGGACAAUCUGAAAAAUAUCUUGAAUUUUGCCCUGAAGCUUGUGGCGCUUCCUCUAAUGAACAGUGAGUACCGUAAUAUGAAACGUGCAUUGAUUAUUAUAUACCAUGAUCCUGAACGUUCCUAAUCUGCUCACAGAGAAACUUCAGAAUAUGGUGAUAAUUCCAACCCAUCCAGUUAGACUUCAGAACCCAGAGCUGCGCAUUUUAAAGGUAAGUGCAACGACCUUCAUCUUUGGUUCCGGACCUGUUUUCUCACACUAACUCUCCCUGUCAGAACCUGUUUUCUCACACUAAAGUGUUGCUGUAACAAUGGCAACUUUCAUUGACUUUUACUUUCUUACAUGGCUUCCACCUACCUUCUCAAUCUCUGUGCAGGGAUACCUGGUGGUUGUGACUGAUUUUGAGCUGUCCUUGAGUCCUCCUCUCCAGCAGACAGAAAUGGUGACCAAGCCAUAG